AUGCCGAUCGACCGUAGCCCGGGUACAAGUAGCGCGAGUGCGUCGACGUCAAAUGUGACGGCAUCAGAGAUAGCGGCGCUGAAAAGAAGGCGCGGAAUAAUAAAGGGUUCGUGCACGCGGAUAGAAACGUUCGUGAAUAGCGUGAACGCGGUAGAUGACGAUGCACGAGCGCAAUUGGAAGUAAGGCGCGCGCGCUUAGACCCAAUAUGGGAAGAUUACUGCAAGGUGCAGUCGCAAUUAGAGGCAAUAGACGAGGCCGAAAUAGAGGACAGAGUCGCGUUCGAAGACAACGUAUAUUCGUUGUGCGCGAGAAUGCGGCGAUUAUUGCGAAAUGACAGCGGUCAAAAUAGUCCGCGGGCCUCCACGCCAGUAUCAGCGCGAUCCGAGAGCGAAGCCGCAACAUACGUCCGUUUACCAAAAUUAAAUUUACCGUCUUUUUCCGGAAAGUACGAGGAAUGGUUCCCGUUCCAUGACACUUUUAUUUCGGUCAUACAUAAUAACAAAACAUUAUCUGACAUACAAAAAUUUCAAUAUUUACGGGCGUCGUUGACGGGUACAGCUCUCGACAUCGUCAAAACAUUAGAGAUAUCAAAUAACAAUUACGACCUUGCGUGGAAUAUUUUAAAAGAGCGUUAUAAUAAUAAGCGUGUAAUCGUGCAGACACACAUAAAAGCGAUAUUCGAUUUAACGGCGAUUACGAAAGAAAGCGCGAGUGGCAUUCGGCAGCUGGCGGACGGUGCGGCGGCACACGUGCGCGCGUUAACUGCAUUGGACUGCAACGCCGACAAAUGGGACGCGUUGUUAAUACAUAUAAUUACGUCCAAAUUAGAUCACGUAACAUCUAGGGAGUGGCAUUCCUCCCUGGGGGGCUCGGAGUUGCCCGCAUUUAAAGAAUUAAUUGAUUUUCUCGCCCAUCGCAGUCAGAUUUUAGAGGAGUCGGCUGGGGGGGGAUCAAGCGCUUCCGAGCGCUCCGACAUUCGUUCGCGGGCGCGAUCGACUUCGGGACGGCGCGCGCUGCAUGCGACGGUCGAGGGGGGAAGAUGCACUUAUUGCGGGGGUGCGCAUUUGAUAUACUUUUGCAAGGGAUUCCUAGCGCUUCCGGUAAAUCGGCGCAUAGGUGAGGUGCGCGGUCGAAAACUCUGUCUAAAUUGCUUGCGUAGCCGUGAUCACGUGGCGGCCGAGUGCUCGUCGAGCGGCUGCAGGACAUGCAAGUUGAAGCAUAACACUCUGCUACAUCUCUCAAACCAGGGAAGGGGAAUUGAGAAUUCGCGGGCCGCCGGCUCAGCGGCGGACGGUUCGACUCCGAUUACGGGCGACCCUGCCGUCGUGGUCGCGCACGGCGCGGUCGGGGGUGACGGCGCGGAGCCCUUACUGUCAACAGCGGUUGUUUACGUUUACGGCGCGGACGGUUCGCGGAUGUCAUGCCGUGCCUUGCUGGAUGCAGGAGCACAGGCGAAUUUUAUUUCAAAUAAAUUCGUGGCGAAGUUGAGAUUAAAAACAUUGCCUACGGAAUUGUCAAUAUCGGGCAUAUUCGGAUCGACGUCCGUCUUAAAUCGGAUGGCGCGAGUCAGACUCCGGUCGCGACUGAGUUCGUUCGAGGCCGAGCUGGACUGCGUUGUCACCGACCGAAUCGCGGAUAGAGUUCCGGCGAGCACACUGAGGCGUCAGGCCUUCAGGCUGCCGCCCGGCAUCGAUCUAGCGGAUCCGAAAUUUAACAUAUCUUCCGACAUCGAUUUAUUGAUCGGGAUCGACUUAUUUUGGCGGCUGGCGUGCGUGGGCCAAAUUCAUGCGACAUCCGAGCACCCUCUUUUACAAAAAACACGUCUAGGCUGGAUUUUGGCCGGGCGUACGGGUGGGGGCACCUCACGAUCGAGCGCCAAAUUGCGUGCGUUACACGCGACGAUUAAUAACGCGCAGCUCCACGAACGAGUUGACCAAUUUUGGAGGAUCGAGGAAUUAGCGGAUUCUAACGGUUAUACCCGCGACGAGCAGGCUUGCGAAAGUCACUUUAUGACGAACGUGUCGACGAACGAUGAAGGCCGAUAUAUCGUGAAAUUGCCGCUAAAAGAGGACAUAUUUCAACGGCUCGGCGAAUCGCGCGAAACAGCGAUAAAGCGUUUUCUUGCGCUCGAGAAGCGGCUCAACCGCGACCCGGGUUUGAAGCGCUCCUACGCGAAUUUCUUACGCGAAUAUCAAUCGUUGGGGCACAUGAGAGUCGCACCUGCAAGGUCGAUCGGGGGUAAACCUGUAUAUCUGCCGCAUCACGGAGUAAUAAAGGGGACCGGUCCAUGCGCGAAGUUACGCGUGGUUUUCGAUGCCUCGUGCAAAACCAGCACGGGAGUUUCGCUCAAUGAGGCUUUACGAAUAGGUCCGAUACUGCUGCACGAAUCGCAGACGCAUCUGCACAGGAUAGUGUGGCGAGAGGACUCGGGAGCGCCGAUCGGCGAAUACGAAUUGCUGACGGUCACGUACGGUACGAGUUCGGCGUCGUUCCUGGCCACCAGGUGCCUUCAGCACCUGGCACAAAAACAUGCGGACGAAUUCGCGAUCGGGUCGGGAUGCGUGCUCCGGGAUUUUUACGUCGACGACCUGCUCACCGGCGCUAACACCCUGUCGGAGGUGAGGCGCGUACGCGAGGAGACGGUUGCGCUACUGAAGCGCGGAAAGUUCGAGCUCGGCAGGUGGGCAUCAAACUGCCGAGAAUUAUUGAAGGACGUGGAGGGCGCGACGGAUGCGAGCGUGUCUCUGGGCGGGGACUCGAGCUCUAAGAUCCUGGGAAUUGCGUGGGAUCCCGUUAUCGAUAGUUUUAAAUUCGAUUAUGAGAGCGGAUCGCCUGCCAAUUGCAUAACCAAGCGAACAAUUUUAUCAGAGAUCGCGAGCCUUUUCGAUCCGUUGGGGCUACUGGGGCCAUUGACGGUAGUAGCAAAAUUAAUUCUGCAAGACACAUGGCAGACGCAGGUCGGAUGGGAUGAGUCGCUGCCGCAGGACAUACAUACGCGUUGGCUGGGAAUAAAACAGCAAUUGACGAAUCUCGGUGAGUUACGCGUGCCGCGUUUCGUGGGCCGCGUGAUCGAUGCCGGGGGUGUGCAGCUGCACGGCUUUUGCGACGCGAGCGAGCGUGCCUAUGGUGCGUGCGUGUACGUGAGAGCGUACAAUUCCGGAGAAUGCCGAGUGCGGUUGUUGGUCUCAAAAUCGCGAGUCGCGCCUAUGAGAGCAAUAUCAUUACCGCGCUUAGAGCUGAGCGCGGCGCUACUGUUGGCAAAAUUGAUAGAAAAGGUUCGAGAAUCGGUCGGACUUCCCGCCGCGGGGGUGGUUCUGUGGUCGGACUCCACCAUUACAUUGCAAUGGAUUCAGUCUUCGUCGCGAAAAUGGAGCGCGUUCGUCGCGAAUCGAGUCGGGGAGAUACAGCGCUUGACCGAGGGCGCGGAUUGGCGACACGUGCCGUCCGCGGACAACCCGGCCGAUAUAUUAUCGCGUGGCGCGGACUUGGCGGCUCUGGCUGUGUCUGGUCUAUGGUGGGAAGGACCGGCGUACCUUCGACUUAACGAGGGACAUUGGCCGAUUAGAAACAUCGAGAUAUCGGGAGAACUGCCCGAGCAGAAAAGAGUGAUCGCUGCCGUGGCGAUCGGAGAUCGACCGAUAGUCUCGGGUUUAUUGGAGAGAUUUUCGAGCCUGGAGAAAAUACUGCGAAUAAUAUCAUAUUGUUUGAGAUUCGGUCGUGCGCGACGGGCUGAGGAGAUCGGGUCAUCGAUAUCUCAUCGGGAGAUGACCGCGGCCAUGCAAGUCGUGGUGCGUUGUGUGCAGCGCGGGUCGUUCUCGGGGGAAUAUCGCAGUUUGGGCGAGGGCCGGAGCAUCGACGGCGGGAGUCGCAUAUUAUCAUUGUCACCGUUUAUGGACGAGUGUGGCGUCAUUCGCGUUGGAGGUAGAAUAAGCAGGGCGGCGUUGCCGCCGGAUGCGGUGCACCCCAUGCUGCUGCCGAAAAGCCACGCUCUUACAACGCUAAUUAUUCGAGGAGAGCACGUUAGGAGCUUGCACGCGGGACUGCAGGCCACGAUAUGCGCAGUGCGUCAGCGCUAUUGGCCCUUGGCGGCGCGUUCAGCGGUUCGCAAAGUGGUACGCGAAUGCGUAGCGUGCUUCAGGUGUGGGCCGGCAGCAUCUCAGGCGGUGAUGGCGGAUUUGCCUGGGCCACGGGUAAACGUAUCAAGGCCAUUCACGCAUACGGGCGUGGACUAUGCCGGCCCGAUAUUUAUAAAAGAAUCCAAGCGGCGCAACGCCAGGAUGCUAAAGGCUUACAUCGCCGUUCUCGUGUGCUUCGCGACCAAGGCUGUACAUUUGGAGGUCGUAAGCGAUCUCACGGCGGACGCCUUCUUGGGGGCGUUUAAAAGAUUUAUGUCGCGAAGAGGCAGGCCGGCGUGCGUGUACUCCGACAAUGGCACGACAUUUGUCGGAGCCAAUAGGCAAAUUAGAGAAAUAUACGAGGUAAUCAGUAGCCCUGAAGGGCAGGAAAACGUGCGUCAGUUCGCGCGGCGGAACGAGUUCGUUUGGAAGUUUAUACCGCCCCAUGCCCCACAUUUCGGGGGCUAUGGGAAGCAGCGGUGA